AAACCAACAGAAGAAGAAGAACAAACAUUACCGCUAGCAGGCUAAUGCUAACGUUGUGUUAACUAACGAGUAGCUUUAAUGCUGUCUGUCCUGUGGUGACAACAAUGGAGCUAGUGUGGGAGGACCCUCCAGUCCCUGAGGCUCCUUUCUUUACCAGAGAGCUCUAUGACAAAUAUUCCCUUGCUCCUAAUAUCAGAGAACUGUGGGCCUUUCUCCAAAGUCCUGUAGAGAAUGCCAACAUAAAACAGGAGGGUGAUACUGGGGCUGUACAAGCCUCUUGCGCUCCCUCCACAGAAGAAGCCGCAGAGUUUAAAGACAGCAGUUGCAUCAGUAAGGAAGAGUCCCGCAGGGACAGCUGUGAUAGUGAUGAUCCAUGUGCAGACAAUGUUGCAGGAGGCGCACAAGAAUCUAAGGAUACCAAAAAAUCAAGAAAGAAGCUCAAGCAAGUUGAGAAAGAGGCAGAUGCUCCUUAUCCUGAACCCAGACUGCCCUUCCCCUGUAUGUCAAGCCUGUCCUGCAAAGAGCAGAAGACAUAUCUUGACAUGUUGAUGAGUAAGAAAAAAAAGGAUCUUCCACAGAGAUUAAAGGAGCAAGUUAACAAUGAAGUGAUGCAGUUCAUGCGGUACCUGCAAGAUGUGGCCAAAAUAUGUGCUGACGACUACAACUUCAUAUCACCAGGAGCUAUGCAAUAUUCAGAGGAUUUCUUCAGGGCCUGUUUGGAGUGUAUUAAGACAAUUCCUCAGGUUUACCAGAUCCAUGAGAUGACUAGUUUGACAGGGGGCACAUUCAACCCAGGUCUGAAGCUGACCUUUGAAAAACAGCUGCUAAUCAUGGGCAAUGUGGAUAUUACAGACCACAAGAUAGUGCCUGCUGACGCACAGCUUGCAUCGGAUUAUCAGAGUGUUUCAUCAGAGAAUCCUCCGGCUAAAAAAGCUAAGGACAUGCAUGCUCCAGUCAGCUGUGACAGUAAUGCAGAGAGCCUGUGUGCUCGUUACGAGCCUCACGUGUGUCUGACUCGAGAUGCCCUGGUCAGGCUGCUGGACAACCAUGGUCCUGACUUUGGAGAGCAAUGGGAACUGCCUGUCUGUGUCAAAUUAAACCCAGGAAAAGGCAGCAGUCAGAAGAGGACUGUAUACAUAGACUCACCACUUCUGAAGACUGAAAUGACAGUGAGAGAGAGGAGUCAUAUCUAUCAUGAGGAAAGUUUGAAGCUUUCCAUCAUCAAGAAUGGGAGUAAAAAUGUGUUCCAUGUAAUGACAGAGCUUCCAGUGAAUGAGGAGCAACUCUCACCGGAGAGCUCAAAGAGAAAUUUAGUUUCUUUUGAAAACAACGGUCUGGACUUUGAGGUGGACCUCACUGACCUGGAGACAUUCGGAGAGAUGACACCCCUUAAAACCGCCAAGAUGCAGAAUGAGCAGGAUGUAUGUGUUAAAAGUAAAAAAGCUAAAAGUGCCCCGCCUUUAGAUAAGAAUAAAAGGUCCAGUGAGCAUCUUGGAAACAGCAGCAGUUCACAAAAGGGGAAGAACCUCUCAUUGACAGAUAUGGAUGAUCCCAUAACAAAUGAGACAACUCAGCCAGCUGUGAGUGAGACCACUGAACCAGAAACUGAACAAAGGAGACUGGACUCUGCUCAGGAAAGUGACAAAGACCUAGCUUUUAUAGGAGACUCGGAUGAUGAGAAGUUGGUCAUUGAUGACUCUGUGUCUAUACCUACAACACCGGCAAAACAAACUACGCUUCAAAACACACCAUGUUCUGUAGACCCGCUGAUGACUCCUGUCUCUGAGUCUAUACCUGUAAGUUCAGAGUCAUCUUCCCCUGAAAAAGUUUCAAGGCAGAGGCGACAAUCCAAAAGACUAAAGGUACCUGGAGACCAGCUGAGUGAGAUUCUGCGUAUGCAGACAGCCAUGUUCUCUGCCAAUGACACAGCCAAAUGCUCCAUCAUAUCCCAGGGGACAAACUCACCCACCAAAUGUGUGGGACCCUCAGUUCACUCCCAUUCAGUGUCUCUGGUUAAGCCCUGUGUGUCCUCAUAUUUAGAGAGAAACCAGAAUGGAGAGAACUGCGCUGCUCCUCACGGAUCUGCACCAGUGUGCAACAUUGCUUCUACAGAGCACAAAAAAAUACUGUCAGAAGUCCUGCAGGCUGGUGCGGAAGAUGAGCAAGAUUACAAGGCUCCAGAGAAAGGCAACCUGCUCUACAAACUCUACAGCCUGCAAGACUUGCUGCUCAUGGUGCGCAGCUCUGUCUCCCUGACCCAUACCAGAAAAGUAGGCGGCAGUGAAAACCAGUCUGUGCCAGUACAUGUCUUGCCCAAGCUGGAGUAUCAGUUGAGUUAUGGUGUUGAGUGUCUAAGCAGCAGUGAGGCUUGCCAGCUGUGGACUGAGACAUUGCUGCACUCCAGCACUGUAUCCUACACAGCUCACAUCAAUGCACACACAUCAAAAGUAGCUCUGCUGAGAAAGCUGCCUGACGACUGGAAACAGAACAUCUCCUGUGGGUUCAAGCCAUCCAAGUCACUAAAUAUACUGCACCACCUAGUGAAAAAACUCACUGGGCUAGAGGAAGGACAGUACCUGAUUGCGCACAAGGCGGGGGAACCAUUUGUGACCUUAUUAAAAGCAGCUAAUGGGAAGUAUCUGAGUCGGGGUGCAUACAACCUGCAGGAGUUCCACAGCUCGGUCCCACAGCCGCCGGCCUCCGGCCUCGUGCCCUGGAUACCUGUUGAUUCAGCUGUGGUUCUUCCCUUCCACCAGAAACACGGCCGUGUCCCAUGCACCUUCCCACUAAAGACAACGAAAGAUGGUUCAUUGCAGUCCAACAACCUUGGAAGUGGGCAAUCAAAGAACAAUUUGAAUGCAGGAGGUAACGCGAAGAGGAAAAAAAAGAAACGUGCAGCCAAGCGUAACAAGUAUAUUAAAAAGCUAAUUCAGAAAUCCAUUUAAUAGCUCAUCUCAAAUAUCAUGUCAUUCCUAUCAUUUCAUAUCAUAGAUUAGGUGAGUCAGAAGAGGAACUGGAUAUGUACUGCUAAGGCAAGGAAAGGAAAGGAAAAGGAAGCACUGACAAUGUCUUAUGAUUUCAUACUGGAACUAUGUUAUGACCAUAAAUGUGAAUAUAGAGGCACUUUUACAGAAUCUAUACCUUUUUUAUAUUUUUAUUUUCUUCAGAGACAUUUUUGUUUGUAUUUUGCAAAUGAUAAGGUUUUGUACUAACAGAUCAACAAUAAACUUUAAGUAAGUAUGGUU